AUGCGGCAUGUGCGAAGGGCGUUGUCGUGGUCCUCUGCGGCCGCGCAUCGCGCAGGCAGCGGCUGGGGCAACAACAAUAACAACAGCAGCGGCGGCGGCAACUACGGCGGCGGUGGGUCAACGGCGAUGACGGAGUUCGCCGGCAAGGCGGCGGCGCUUAAGCGCCGGCACCGUGGUAGAGGGCAGUACGACUUUGCCCGACGCGAGGCAGAGCGGUUUCUCGAGGAGGAGGUUCCCCGUGAUGCGACGGGCGUCUGGAUAGAAAAGGGAAACAACGCAGUGGCGUUGGCGCAGCUGCUGAGUUUUUUCGAAAUCGAGCCCGACGCCGCGUUGGUGUCGCUCAUCACGAACAAGCUCGUCCGCAUGCUAGAUGACACGAGUUGCGACAGCUCGACGCGCCUGCUCGCGGCGAUUGCGUUGGUGCCGCGCAGCGAACAGCAUAUGGAUCGCAUUUUUGCUGCAGUAGAGGCUAUACUUCACGAGGUAGGGAAAGGCAACAGUAGAAGCAGUGAUCGUUGGGAGUUGUGGGGUGUCAUUGAGCUUGCCGCAAAGGUGCUGCAGCGCGGCGGCAAGCACACACCCAGUGUGUUGAAUGAAUCGCUGGCGCAGAUGGCCAUGGCACAGUUGCAGUGUACACCAACGGAGGAGAUGCCACGGCUUCAGCAAUCUUUCCUGCGUGUGUAUGGGUGGAUGGUACGCGCUGGCAAGGUGACGGAGGCGAAUCACCUCUUCGUCGCCCUUGUCGAGCACACGGGAGAUUUUCACAGCUAUGACUUCUCGACACUGAUCAAUUCGUGCCUGCGCCACCACCAGCUGUGGCCCCUACCCUUGCCGCUCCUUCACCGCAUGGCACGUGCCGGUCUGAUGUACUCGACCACUGCCAAUGGGCGUGAUGUGGCGGCUAUCCUCGGCUGGAUUGCGAAGGUUCUCGGAUCACUGGAGCCUGGCAAGAAUGAUGUAACACAGCGUGACGUGUGUGAGCUUGGCGGUAGGAUGAACAUACUCCUUGAGGAGUAUGAGCCACGUGUUUUGCGUUUCUUGGACAGCAACGAUAAACUUCACUGGAGCCACUGUGAUGAUGUGACAACCAUCGCCUUUGCGUAUGAGAUGGGCGGUCGGCUCCGGUACCGCCACGUUUUCGUAGCCUACCAAAGCUACGUGGCGCAAAAUGUGACGCGCUUCGAGCCGCAGCAGCUCGCCAUGGCGGCUGGUAUUCUCCGACGCUCACAGCUAUUGUCACCAGAGCUGGCGACGAAGCUUGGCGAGCGCAUUGAGACAGUGCUGGGUGAGUUCUCGCUGUCGGAGAUCAGCCACAUCUGCGCCACAUUCGCCCCAAUGUCGCCGGCGUGGAUGCCUGAGGCGAAGGCGGUGGCGAGCCGACUGCUGGUACCUGACUGUAGCAGCUAUACACGGCUUACGCUUGCUCUCGCCUUCCCCGACGACGACACACUCCACUCGCAGAUCGACUACAAAGAUAUAUCCGGCCGCCAGCUUGUCGAUGCCAUGUCACUUGCGAAGGGCACGAGAUUCGAGGGUCUCAUCGUUGCCGAACUCACCACCCGCCUCAACGCCGCGCAGGAGCGUUUCUCACCGGAUGAUCUGCGUGUGCUGCAGGCAUCUGGUCGGCAGGACCUUCAGGUUGCGUCGGCGGCGUACCUGUCGAGCCGCUUCGCCGAGGCGGAGUGGACGACGGACACGCUGUAUAGCUUGCCCCUUGCGGCCAACAUCCCUCACGCGCGUGACGCAACCAAGGCGCUGGCAGCCGCCAAGGCAGCGUCCAUCUCGCCAGAACAGUUCGUCUCGCUGGUUGAACUCAUCACGAGUGUCUUUGGUGAAGGGUCGGACGAGGCGAUGAUCUCUUUUGUGGUUACCGGUGGUAUGGAGUUGCUUGGGGCGGAGCGGAUUCAGUUGGGAACGGUGGUGCGAUACCUUGAGGCUGUGCGCCCACUGCGCAAGAUGUACCCCGGCGCGGAGUGGAUCGCGCUCUUCAACGAGAGGCUGCUGCGACCGCUGCGCAACAUGAAGCCAAGGGAGAUGGGAAGCCUGCUGUGGUCACUGCGCGCUAUUUACGGCAAUGUGGCGCAGCAGCCGUUGCUGCAGCAGACCAUCACCGCUAUUGUUGCCGGCCCCUAUAGCCAACUGACUCAACCCGAUGAAGGUGCUGCGCAGGCGACCGUGUUCAUAGCGCACCUGCAGAAAGGCAUGUCACACCCGCAGCUGACUGAAUCAACGCCGAUGGCUGUGUCGGUGCGGAACAACGCCGGUGUCUUCCAGCAGGAGCUGAAGGAGGCGGUCAUGAGCAUGCCGUUGCCGAAGGAAGUGGAGGUGAAACGCGUCGGCCGUUUCACACUCAAGGUGACACGGGCGAUGGAGACCGUCGCCCCCCCGCCUAAUCCACCCUCGCAAGACGUGAAUGCCGAACUUGAUAUGGAUCCCUUCGCCACGCCUUCACCGGUGAACGCCACAGACGCAGCGGCAGCCAAUACGGCUCCAGACUAUUCAUCCACCAAGGUGCAUGGAGCCGCCCCGGAGUCCUCCACUCCCACCUCUGCGGGGAAUGCCACGCCCCAGGUGGCUGCUGUGGGAUCCCAAGAAACUGCCGCCGCUGUCGCUGUGAGCCCAGAGCAACAGCAGUCGCAACCACCACAACAGGAGCAGCAACUGUAUCAUUCCGCGGAGCCUUUUCCAGUUCCACCUUCUGCAGCACCGGAAAACAUCACAUCAUCCGCUCAGAUGGGCUCAAGGAAGUGGAGUCUUUUCGGCACAUCAGCUACGGGUCCAGACACGGAGUUUCAGGAGCAGCAGACACUGUCAAACCCUUCAGUGCCUCCGGUGGCGUCGUUGGGAAGCUCACACAUUGAAAGGAGUUCCACAGGAUCCUCAUACAUGAAGCUGUUUUCACCUGAUGCGUUCUUCAGUGCGUGGUCCAAGCCAGUACACCGCGACCACGACCAGCAACAGCAGCACCAGCACCUUUCGCUAGAGCAAGAACAACAACAAUCCCAAGCCCAAUCCCCACCACCACCACCACCACCACAACAACAACAACAACAACAACAACAGGAUCCCUUAAGAGAGGAAGUGACCGUGGGUGAGACAAGGGAAGAGAAGCUGCAACCGCGUCGAACNCAACAACAACAGGAUCCCUUAAGAGAGGAAGUGACCGUGGGUGAGACAAGGGAAGAGAAGCUGCAACCGCGUCGAACAAGUCUCCCCCGCCUUGACACACAUACUCCUACCCCUGGCGCCAAUGCCGCGACGGCUACCACACCGGCAUUCAACCAGGAAACCCGUAAGUUUGGUUUUGGUGGCUGGAAUGCGUCACUGAAUCCAAGCGCACCGUCGAUGUCAGGUUCGACGUCAGCGUGGACGACUUCGUGGGGGGCGCCUGGGCAUCCCAUGGCACCCGUGCAAGGAAACAUGAUGGAAGGACGCAACUCUGCUUGGUCGUCAUUGCACAUGCGGACCCCGGCGAAUGCAUUUGGUGCUGGCGCUGGUAGAAGCUCGUUUGGUGUAGCCACUACGCAUCAACAACAACAACAACAGCAGCAACAGCAACAACAACAACAACGGCAACAGCAACCCACAAAUCCUCCAGCAACGCAGCCCACGUCUCCAAUGAACCGUAUGGCACCACGAAGCAACGCUGCAGCCCCUGGCAAUCACUUAUUCUUUGAUCCAACAUCUAAUGCGCGUCCGCGGCCUGUGAUAACAAAAAAGAAUCCCGCCGCGAGGUCAACGCAGCCCACAUCCUCCUCGUUGGAUGAGGACAUCAACCAAAUGUACGACAAGAAUGGAAAUGGGGCGAAUGAGGGCAUAUCGAACUUUAUGAAGAAAGCUGGUCUCUCAAAGAUCACGGGGUACAACAUGGGUUCGACGGAGACGGAGACGAGUACCAGUGAUCAAAAGGGCUUCUGGGCUGAGGUUGUUAACAACAGGGUGAAGAAGUCGUCGGGUGAGUCCCCGCGGUCCUCCAAUAAGCGACGUAAGAGUCUCUCUGAGUGGCUCGAUGCACCGUCCGAACGUGAGGCCGCCGCUGCGGCGGCAACAGCAGCGACGACUGCAGAGAAGGGAAAACGGAGCCGUGCGCAGGUAAAGUCCGCAACCCCCGUCAAGGCCAAGCCUAACGAGAAGAGCAAGCGGGGUAGCAGCAAAGACGCAGCGACUCCGUCAGCACCGGAUGUAGCAACCACAUCCCCAGCAGGGACUGGAAAGGGGGCCAGUGCUGGAAAGGGAAAGGGUGCGGGUGCUAGGACGCCUGCGUCGAGGACUGCGAAGGGGGCCGCGGCAAAAGUAACAACCAAACCAGCCUCAAAGGCUCCAGCGAAGACGGCACCGAAGACCGGAGCAAAGACAGCUCUGGCCAAGGUGGUAUCGAAGACGGUAGCCAAGACAGCACCAGUGAAGGCAAAGAAGCCGGACAACAAGAAGGCGCCCAAGUUAAAGAAUGAGAAUAAACCUGCGCCCAAAAAGCCCGUCGCAGCUGCUGCCAUUGUGAAGAAGAAGCCAGCACCAAAGAAGCCUGCCAAGAAGGCAAAGGGCGGCGGUAAGAAAAAAUAG